GUGUCACGUUUCAGCACCAAAGCAUGCAGCACACCCAGCCACAAGAGUAGGCUAUCAUUCAUCAACAAAAAGCAUGGAGGAAGGCAAGGUGUAAGCAAGGGAGUUCUCCACCAGUUUAUACAUUUGUAGACAAGGCUACUGAAGGUCUAUUUGGUUGUGCCGCCUUGGGGACAGCGCGCUCCAACAUUAACCAAAUGGAAUGACCACCGCUCGUUCCCUCACAGGGAUUGCGCACACAUGCCAGAGGUGAGAAGGAACCAGUUGAGGCGAUGACAUCAUGCCUGUACGAGUGCCUGCGCGAGGUCGGGCUUCAGCGUCACUACCCUUGUUUUACCGCCAUGGGACUGAGACGUGCUGGACACCUGUCUUUGCUCACCAUGGGCGACUACUCGAGCGUGGGGGUCCACAGCAUGGGGGACCGUGCCCGGCUGUUCCAUCUGGUACAGCUGGUCAAGUCUCUGGAGGAAGAGGAAGAGGAGGACCAUGGGGGCCACGAUGACGAUAGAGUUGUGAUGACAAGAAAGACUUUCACUUCGGGCAGCAAAGUCCCCGCAUGCAGGCAGCUAGAUUUUGAUGGUGAUGGUAGGUUGAGCGAGCCCAAACGCGGAUGGCUCAGUGACUAUGACAGUCACAGGGGGGCUGGUGUCCACCCCUUCCCGAGCCCGAACACAGGGGUUAAACCCCAACCACGCUGCGACCUCAGCAGAGGGUCACCCAUACACAAAACCCAGAUCAGUGGGACGCCGAUGCGUAGCUGUCCUCACAAGCAGACUGUCAGACGGACCACAGUGCACAGGAGCAACAGCAAAGUGACCCAGCGUCAGGGCGUCUGCAUUUACAAGGAGGGGACGACCAUCGGCAGCGGGCCAAGACCUGAGGUGCGCCGGGAGGCGGAUGGGACAUCCAGGAGGACGGAUGGGACAUCCAGGAGGACGGAUGAACCCACAUACAUGUACACAUCGAGGAGAACUAUUGGCUGCAACUAUGGUCUGACCCUGAGUAGCCCGGUGUCAACCAGAAAGGAGGCAGGUGAGCAGAGGAUCAGUGUGUGUGUGAGGAAGAGGCCCCUGACCAAUGCUGAGAACAGGAGAGGGGAGGCAGACGUGGUCACAGCCCAUGAUGGAGAUUCUGUGGUGGUCCAUGAGAGCAAAGAGGCAGUGGACCUGACCCAGUACAUACUCCAACACAGGUUUAAUUAUGAUGAGGUGUUUGGGGAAGAGAGCUCCAAUGUGGAUGUGUACCUGAAAACAGCCUUUCCGCUGAUACAGCAUGUCCUCAACGGAGGCAAGGCCACUUGUUUUGCAUACGGCCAGACGGGAGCAGGGAAGACACACACCAUGCUGGGUUGUCCUCCUCAGAGACAGGGGCUAUACGCUCUGGCUGCCAGGGACAUAUUUACCCAGCUGCACUCCACCCAGGACUGUGGCAACUCUGCAGUCACAUCCCACGUCUAUGUCAAUGUCAGCUUCUUUGAGAUCUACUGUGGCCAGCUCUACGACUUGUUGGACCGUAGAAAACGCUUGUUUGCAAGGGAGGAUGGGCACCAAGUGGUUCAGAUAGCAGGGCUAAGAGAGGUCACAGUGGAGUCUGUCAACUCAUUGCUAGAGGUGAUCUUGUGGGGUACAGGGGAGCGCACCCAGGGGGUAAGUGGAGUCAACCCUGUGUCGUCCCGCUCCCACGCUCUGCUCCAGAUACAGCUCAGAGACUCUGGCCAUCGGGCCACUGGCAGGAUGUCAUUUGUGGAUCUGGCUGGGAGUGAGAGAGCAGCAGACUCCAGAGACCCAGACAGACUGAGUCGCAUGGAGGGGGCAGAGAUCAACCAGAGUCUACUGGCACUGAAAGAAUGUAUCCGUUCUCUGGACCAAGAGCAGUCACACACACCGUUCAGACAGAGCAAGCUCACACAGGUUUUGAAGGACUCCUUUGUUGGUGAUUCAAAGACAUGUAUGAUUGCAAACGUUUCCCCCGGUCACCUAGCAACCAAACACACACUCAAUACGCUGAGAUACGCUGACCGGGUGAAGGAGCUGAGGGGGGGAGGGGGGAGAAGACGGCCCACAGUCACCCCGUCCCCAUCCCCGGAACAUGAUCAGACUAGCAGCAUUGGUACUAGUGCCAGCAGGGGGAAAAGUCCCCCAAAAGGGGUGAAGUUGGGGGGACAUAGGGAGGCCCCAAAUGUGACUGGCACCCCUGCUAGGAGGUUAGCCCCAGGGGGAGCUCUGCUCUGCUCCACACCAAAGGGCCAGGGGGCGGGGGAGGGCUUUGGGAGGGGGAGAGAAGACCUCUGUUUGGAGCACACCACACCGGUGAGGGGCUCACUGGGCCGGGGGCUUUGGAGGCGCAGGAGGAGGGAGGGAGUGGGAGAGAGGGAGGUGGAAAAGAAAGGGCACAGAAAGGAACGUGAGAAGACAGAUGAUUCCAACACGGAACAGGACCAUGGGGUGGCUUGGGUGACGAGACAGCGAAUGGGAGAGGGGAGGACAACCCUUUGGGAAAUACCCAGAGAAGAAAGAGCCACUACAAGCCAGAUGGCCAUAGGUAAGAGGGCAGCUGCUGCUUCCUGCCUCAGAGGAGCAGAGAGGCAGAGGACUACUACGAGUAAAGGAGAGGGAGAGGGCAGGAGAUGGAUAGAGCAGGACCGAAUUGUGGGGGAGAGGGAGAGAGAGAAGACGGCUGAGGAACAGAGAGAGUUGGGAGAGGUCAGGGAGAGAGAUAGAAGGACUAGUACAGAAUGGGAAAGGGAGAGAGAAACUGAGACGCCAAGGGAGCUGGAGAGCGAGAAGGAAAGAGAGAGGCAUUUGAGAAGAUACCACCAGCAGCUGCAGCAGAUGCAGUGGCUCCAGCAGCCUCUGCCUGCCUCUCCAUCUGUCUGCCGCGGUGUGGAGGAGCUGCUGGCUGGGUACAGGGCCACUGCUGGGGCUGGGGGAGAUCACCUCCCGCUCCGGGGGGAAGGGACUGCAGGGGUCACAGUGGAGGCAAAGGGGAGGGUACAGAGUCACCUCUCUAACAACACGUCUCAGAGCCACUGCCACAAUGGCGAUAAUGAUGAUGAUAAUGAAGGAGAUAAUGAUGGUAGUGGAGAGCACAUCCUCAAGUGUCUCGUCCCCGGGGUUGGAUCAGUGCUGUCUACCAUCAGCAGGCUGGAUGACAGAGGGACAGGAGGAGGAGGAGUGGAGAGAGGGAGUGGGGACGAAUGGGGGUCACCCAAGGAGGAGGAGAGGAGAGGGAGAUGGGCAUGGCCAGAGUGUCGAGUGGUCGAGUCAGAAGAGGGUGGCAGGUGGACAGGGGCUGUGUUGCGUCUUGGGGAGGAGGAACGGUUAACAUCUAGCCUCCGUGGGGCAUUUGAGAGGAGGGGGUGGGCAGGGGAACACAAGGAGGGAGGAGAAGAGGACAUGCUGCUGGUGGCUGAAUGGAGCACAGAGGAGGAAGGAGAGGUUGCCGUUAAUGACUUCACCCGCAGCUCCACAGACAGCAACAGUGACAACGACAGCUUUUACCGACACUGCAGCCACCACGCUCCGGCCGAGAGGCCCCUCUCUCCACCCCCGCCCCCAGCCAAGCUCAACGACCUGUCCCUGGAGUCCAAGCACAUCAACCAGAGCUCCAGUAGCAUGUGCCUACACUUCCAAAAUGUCCCCAUUUGCCGUUGCCAGCAGGGAAUACCACUAAGCCCCAGAAAGAGGACCGCACUACCAGGUGCUGAGCUGCUACGUCUUAUAGACCCUGCCAAUCCCCUUCUGUCCUUUGUGCAGACGGGGAGGGGAGCAGCGGUUGGCACCACAAGGCUUCCCCCUGAGAGCCAAAAUAAUUCUGGAGUUGUGGCUCAAAUGCCCCCUUCUUCACCACCACACUGUGAGUCCUCGGGCGAUUCAUCUAGAUGCACCAUGGACCCCCUCUCACUUUCCUUGCUUCAAGUAGACAGGCUGGCAGCCACAGACUCCUUCCUCUGCCAGCAGGUACCACACAGCACCUACUCCCCCUCCCUCCUGCCUAGGGAAGGUGGAAAGGGAAAAGGGGUGGCGGACAGUGGCCAGUCUCUAGUACCCACUCUAGUGAUAGAUGGGAAGAGUGGUGAAGGCCACAUGGAUCAGAGGAGAUCCAAGAUGGACGCUGCUCCUCUCUGGAGAAUGGCUAUGACCAAACCAUCUGCCCCUGUGGUCUCCUUGGUGUCUGUCCAAGACCAAAGAGGAAUCCUGAAAACCCCAGCCCAGUUAGGGAGGGAGGUCCUAGGCUCCUGACUCUACCUGUCCCCCUGGCCCUUCUCCACACUUCCACUCACCACACAACCUCACUGUAUCCAAUACACACACAACCAAGUGCUCCCAAGGCCCAGUCCGGCCCAACACACAAACAUCACACCCUCUGCCUUCCACCAAUGUACCACAGCAUACACAUAAGCCUCCCAUCGCGACUAAACACACAUUUCAGGAUACAACCAACUCCUCCAUCCCUAGUGUACAAAUUCUCCAACAAAUGAACAACCCCGUGCAAUUUAACAUUUUGCAGGACCAAUCUCAGUCGCCCAGUUCAAACAGUCCUCCUAAUCGCCACACUCCAUGCCGUCUCAGCGGUUCAAGCAGUCCAGACGUUCCAAACGGUUUGUUAAAGCACGUUGGACCCCCAGCCACCCUCUCCUUCUCUACUCGGGAAGCCCUGGAGCAUGCCCAGUGGUGUGUUGUCCAGACCCAUUGGGAGCAGUUGAAGCAGAUAGAGUCUAUGUGUCGUAGAGAGGGGACAUUGCUGUGCCAACAGUCUGACGUGGACUUUAGGGAGUUACGUUCAUAAACUGGAUGAGAUCAUGGAGCAGAAGGCUGUGUGCAUUCGGAGCCUGAGAUCUCUGCUACAGCCCUACCUCACCCAACUGAAAAAUCCUUGUUGAAAACUAU